CGCCUGUGCACACGAGAGGGAAGGCCGGCGCUGGGCAUGGGUGAGCCCGAGUCGGAGUCAGAGCAGAUCCGUCUGAAGUGCAUCCGUAAGGAAGGGUUCUUCACGGUGCCUCCGGAACACAGACUGGGACGAUGCCGGAGUGUGAAAGAAUUUGAGAAGCUGAACCGAAUUGGGGAAGGCACCUACGGCAUUGUGUAUCGGGCCAGGGACACCCAGACUGAUGAAGUUGUUGCCCUGAAGAAGGUGCGGAUGGACAAGGAGAAGGAUGGGAUCCCCAUCAGCAGCUUGCGGGAGAUCACGCUGCUCCUGCGCCUCCGCCACCCCAACAUCGUGGAGUUGAAGGAGGUGGUUGUGGGAAACCACCUGGAGAGUAUUUUUCUGGUGAUGGGUUACUGUGAGCAGGACCUGGCCAGCCUCCUAGAGAACAUGCCAACACCCUUCUCAGAGGCCCAGGUCAAGUGCAUCACACUGCAGGUGCUCAGGGGUCUCCAGUACCUGCACAGGAACUUUAUCAUCCACAGGGACCUGAAGGUCUCCAACCUGCUCAUGACAGACAAGGGGUGUGUGAAGACAGCGGAUUUUGGGCUGGCCCGAGCCUACGGUGUCCCUGUGAAGCCGAUGACCCCCAAGGUGGUCACCCUGUGGUACAGAGCCCCUGAGCUGCUUCUGGGAACCCCCACACAGACAACCAGUAUCGACAUGUGGGCUGUGGGCUGCAUCCUGGCCGAGCUGCUGGCCCACAAGCCACUUCUCCCGGGUUCGUCUGAGAUCCACCAGAUCGACCUCAUCGUGCAGCUGCUGGGGACGCCCAGUGAGAACAUCUGGCCGGGUUUCUCGAAGCUGCCACUGGCCGGCCAGUACAGUCUGAGAAAGCAGCCGUACAACAACCUGAAACACAAGUUCCCCUGGCUCUCAGAGGCCGGCCUUCGCCUUCUCAACUUCCUCUUCAUGUAUGACCCCAAGAAGAGGGCAACGGCCGGGGACUGCCUGGAGAGCUCCUACUUCAAGGAGAAACCCCUGCCCUGUGAGCCGGAGCUGAUGCCCACCUUUCCCCAUCACCGCAACAAGCGAGCCACCUCUGCUGCCGAGGGUCCGAGCAAGCGCAUCAGGCCGUAA